UGACGAAGCGAUCCAUGUUGUGAAGAGAAACUUUUCUUUUCUUUCUUGGCUCCUAUUUUCUCCCACCUGCAGUGUGGUUACGUCUUCCCCCUGAGUCAGACUUCAGCUGUUGCUCUCUCUCACUCGGAACCCAGAAACAAACAGAAAACGGGAUGCUACCGACGGCCCGCCCUAGCUUCUCUAUCUGCCAGCUGCUCAUAACGUCUCUCCUGCUGGCGCUGCUGGGCUGUGGCGGAGGCGCAGACGGGCAGGUGCUGUUCAGGGGACGGUGCCCGAAAAUCCCACCUAUGUCGGGGUUCGAUCCUAAAAGGUUCCUAGGUCGCUGGUACGAAAUCGAACGCUUCUUUGUGUCCUACGAGGGCCUGGCCGGCAGCUGCUGGGUCGAGAACUACCUCUACGACAAACACAAGGGCUUCUUCACUCGUCUCGACUGGAAAGACCACUUGACAGGAAGGGUCUUAAACAUAGAAAAUGGAUUAACUUUUGAUGAAAAUGAGCCAGCAGUUAUUCAUUAUGUUGUACAACGGCCAAGCAUCCCAAUUUUGCAAGGAGAGUACCGCAUCUUAGCCACUGAUUACUAUAGCUAUGCUCUGGCAUGGCAGUGUGAUGAACUGCCUCUCGGUACAGCACACACUCAGAUCCUGUGGUUCCUCUCCAAGAUCCAACACCCGACCUAUGAGACGGCUAAGAAAGCAAAAUACAUUGCCCAUUCCCUUGGACUGGACACCUCUUUAUUCCAAAAGCAAGACAGGAGGGAUUGUCCACCAUAAAGGAAGGCAUGGGGACAGGAAGAGAAAGAGAAAUUGGAGAGAUACUGACAAAGAGAGAGGAGAAGAGGAAAGAUGACGAGGGGAAAGAAUGGAAGGAAAACAAAAGGCACUGAAAAUAUUAAAGGAAGAUAUAAUUACUUAGUUUCAUAUUAUUGAAAAUCUUUACUCUGCAAAGAUCACCCCAAUGAAAGAGAAAGCUAUUUAUGCAUACUGUUUUAUUGUUUAGUCAUCAAUUUAUAUUGUGAAUUCUCUUGUUAUUUCAUCUGUAAUAGAUUGAAAAGUAAUUAAUUAGAAGAAAAUUUAGAUACUGGAAUAUCCUGACCUUGAAAUCAAAAUGUAAUGACUCAGGGAAAAUUCAUGUUAGGUCCAAU